AUGACCGGCAAUGACUUCGGCGGUGUUGUAUUUGGCGGUGUUUUAAGAUCGUCGGUCCGCACGGUCAUUCCCGAAAUCCGACCGUCUCAUCCAAUUGUGCCAUGUGGGUCGGAUGAGUCUCCUUCCAGACACCUUGCUGUCUUUAACACGCGGUUCUUAACAUGCCUUUUGAAGAUUUAUACAUCGUCAGACCGCCUGGUCGUCGUAAUGGAGGAUAUGCGCCAUAUCCAUACGUCAACAGCUGAACAGGCCAUGCUUACGACGCAUCGCACACGCAGAGCCUUCCUCAUGCAGAUCAUGACCUCUCAAACCAUACAAACGCCACAGCUCCUCUGGGACGAUUGUAUCCGUGAAACGUCAGAAGCGGCUGUGCAGAUCUGGCCCGAUGCUUUCACAUGCAACGUGCGCUCUGUCUCCACUCGCAACUUUAUUCUUGUCCGAGCACAACGCGUGAAAGCUUGA